AUGGUUGGUGCUAUAGAUUUUUAUCGUGACGUUGACUUUGUCAAGGAAGCCGUUAUUCCCCCACAGGAUGGUAUGGUGUUUUCUUCCGAUGCUAAAGAAGCCCAUGAGGAUUCUAAACUGGUGGCCCUUUUAGGCGAUAACAAACUGGUCCAUGGCAUUUCCGUGCGUUAUCCCGAUUAUCUGGCUCAAUUUUUCCAAAGGAUUAGGCUAAAUUUGGCUGGUUCCAUCGAUAGAACAUCCCAAUGCUUGCAAUCAAAGAGUAGCCAAUAUUACAAGCACGAGAAAAAUAUUACUAGUACUAUAGCAAACCUUCACUCUGAUCCUAGAGAAGAAUUACUACCAGGGUUUGCCUACAUUGUUGUUGGUGCCAUGUCAGGCUCAGUUUUGACUAGAAGCAGAAACAUUUUUGCAAGAUUUACUGCACCGCUAAUUCUGGGCUCUGCAUGCUUCUACUACGCCCUACCAACCACAUUUAAGAACACUGCCCGUCUGGUACACGAACUAGAAUCAUCUGCUUUCCCCAAUGCAGUUGCAAAACAGGAUUUUGUCUAUCAAGAGACCAAGCGUGCUGUCUGUAAGACCGUCGCUUACGGUUCAAGCGGCAUCAAUUCAAUCGAAGAGAUCUCCAAAUGUACGCGACACUACGUUAAAGAAUGGACCGGUUUGAGUGUGGAGUAG